UGGCCCAGAAGGAUGGGCAAAGAGAGAGGAGCAGCCUGCAGGGGCCUCUGUAGGGAGACUUGGAGUUGCUGAGGCCAAGGUUGGAGCCAUGAGGAGGCCCCCUGGGAAUGGAGAGACGGCCAGCGAGGGUAUAGGCGGCUGGGGCCUAUGGGGCCGACAUGAACCCAGGAGCCUGGGCUGUGCCGGCCCUGACCGCUGUGGGCAGGCGUUGCUGCAGAUUGGCAUCAACAUGAUGGCGCUGCCUGGAGGCCGCCACCUGGACUCCAUCCCCAUGUCGGGCCAGCGGCUGCACCUGAUGCAGGUGGACUCAGUCCAGCGCUGGAUGGAGGACCUGAAGCUCAUGACGGAGUGUGAGUGCAUGUGUGUCCUGCAGGCCAAGCCCAUUAGCCUGGAGGAGGAUGCACAGGGCGACCUUAUCCUGGCAGGCGGCCCUGGCCCCGGAGACCCCCUGCAGCUGCUGCUCAAGCGGGGCUGGGUCAUCAGCACCGAGCUGCGCAGGAUUGGGCAGAAGCUGGCCCAGGACCGCUGGGCGCGCGUCCACAGCAUGAGCGUGCGCCUGACCUGCCACGCCCGCUCCAUGAUUGAGAAGCUGCUGAUGGAGAAGUGCUCAGAGCUGUCAGCGGUCACGGAGAGGUGCCUCCAGGUUGAGAACGAGCACGUCCUGAAGUCGAUGAAGGCCUGUGUGAGCGAGACCCUGAGCACGCUGGGCCAGCACUUCGGCCAGCUGCUGGAGCUGGCCCUGACCCGGGAGGUGCAGGCACUGGUGAGAAAAAUCGAUGCCUCGGACAAUAUCUACACCACGGAAUCCACCACAGGGAACCUGUUCAGCCUGACCCAGGAGGGGGCUCCCUUGUGCCGCAUCAUAGCCAAGGAGGGUGGGGUCGUGGCGCUCUUCAAGGUCUGCCGGCAGGACAGUUUCCGGUGCUUGUACCCCCAGGCACUCCGCACGCUAGCCUCCAUCUGCUGCGUGGAGGAGGGUGUCCACCAGCUGGAGAAGGUGGACGGUGUUCUGUGCUUGGCCGACAUCCUGACCGACGACAGCCACUCGGAGGCCACGCGGGCUGAGGCCGCAGCCGUGGUUGCCCAGGUCACCUCCCCACACCUGCCCUUCACCCAGCACCUCAGCAGCUUCCUGGAGAGCAUGGAGGAGAUCGUGACUGCUCUCGUUAAACUGUGCCAAGAGGCCUCGUCCGGGGAAGUCUUCCUGCUGGCCUCUGCGGCCCUUGCCAACAUCACCUUCUUUGACACGAUGGCCUGUGAGAUGCUCCUGCAGCUGAAUGCCAUCCGCGUCCUCCUGGAGGCCUGCAGCGACAAGCAGAGGGUAGACACGCCUUACACCCGGGACCAGAUCGUGACCAUCUUGGCAAACAUGUCUGUCCUAGAGCAGUGUGCCUCUGACAUCAUUCAGGAGAACGGGGUCCAGCUUAUCCUGGGCAUGCUAUCUGAGAAGCCAAGGUCUGGGACCCCCGCCGAGGUGGCAGCCUGCGAGCGAGUCCAGCAGAAGGCUGCGGUGACCCUGGCCCGUCUCAGCCGAGACCCAGAUGUAGCACGUGAGGCCGUGCGGCUGAGCUGUAUGUCCCGCCUCAUCGAACUCUGCCGCUCGCCCUCAGAGAGGAACAGCAGUGAUGCGGUGCUGGUGGCCUGCCUGGCUGCUCUGCGGAGAUUGGCCGGGGUCUGCCCUGAAGGCCUCCAGGACUCUGACUUCCAGCAGCUGGUUCAGCCCCGGCUUGUGGACUCUUUUUUACUUUGCAGCAACAUGGAGGAGAGUUUUGUGUAGCAAGUGUGGGAGAGGAAAGGCUUUCGGCCUCCUUCUCAACCCCCUGGUAUAUACCUGUGAAUACACCUGCCUACACUCCAGCCCCCUCACCUCCCUAUUUAUACUUAAUUUAUUUUUUACGUGAAAUGAACAGAAGGCUAAAUAUUCUAGCAACAUCAUCAGGUCCUUGGGAGUCUUUUUUGUUUUUAUUUUUUGACUUCUGUGACUUUUCAGUUGCAGGUGUUGAAAUGCAUAAUGGCUGACAUGACAGGUUGUCAUGGCGAUUUCACUUCAUCUUGCUUUCUCUACUCUCACUAUACAAUCUUGCCUAAUUUUUUAAAAAACUUGAGAACCAGAGUAUUUUAGCUGCCCUGCAGUUUUUUUUUGUUAAAGUUGGAUUUGCUCUUUCUAAAAAUUUUUAAAUGAACUUCAUAGUUGGACAGAAUAUACUAGAAGGAUAUUCUAGUUUUAUUCUUUAAUAAAUAAAAUCAUAUAAAA